UAUCACUUUGCAUGUAGAGUUUCUAGUUAAUUCUCAACCCACAGUGAUACAAUAUUUUAAGAAAAAUCAAAAUGUAAUAAUUAGGAAGCUUUUUUGUAAAUAAUUUUAUUAUUCAAAGAAAGUCUUAUCAGUGAAUCUGUACGGGGAAAAAAGGAGUAAAUUUUUUCGCUGGUUGGUAGGGGAACAAGUAGAUAAACAUCCGUUUCGCACAUUUUUUAGCCACAACCCACUGAUCAUUACUAAAGUUUUGAUAUACUUCAAGCAAGCAUACUUACUGAUUUAUAUGUAUGUGUACAAUCCACAUCAGCAACAGUUAAGUAUAGGUACGUACUUAUUUUUCAAUAUUUUCAUAAACAGUAUACUUUUUGCUCAAGUCUUAAGCCUGUUGAUUUUAAAAGUACUAUACGUAGAUUCCGUUCCUAUAUUAUUUAAUAUUCAAUCCAAUGAAGUUUGUUACCACACUAUGCGUAGCCUCCGUCCACUUAUGCCUAAUCACAAGCUGCAUUACAGCAGACAAUUUCGAGGAUAUUCUGAAUGAAUGUUAUCCGGACAUAAUUCUCCCACAAUCAGAGAUCGACUUCCUCCAGAGUCUGCCCUCACAUCAGUGGAAAGACCGAGUGAUGAUUAGCAAAAAUAAUGUCAAACAGGCCAAACUUGUAGACAAACUCACAGCUGAAAAUGAUGAACUUAAACUGGAACAGGCGUCAAAUCUAUUUACAUGUGCGAUUACACGCUCGAAAAGUAUUCUCCGAUGGUACAACAAAGAAGGUAUGUCUAUUAUGGAUUUGCCACUAAGCUCGAAAUAUGCCGGACCGCCUACAUUUUAUUUAGAUUUAAUACUCCAGCAACAGACGUAUGACAGUGAUCGCACAAAAGUGCGUGAUUUCCACAAACUGUGCAAACAGUGGCAUUACUUCCUAAAAGAAACGAAAAGCACGCACGCAACAAAUGUAAUCACCAACCUGAAAAUUUAUUUGAAGCACCAUCCCGAAAAAUAUAACGACAUUGAAGAGCUGUAUACUGUUUUUUGCGCAUCUGUGGCAAGAUCGAAUCGCUUCUUUAAUUACCUAUCGCACACGUUUUUCCCAUCACUGUAUAACGAAGAAUUGGGAAAAGAAGAAAAUGAGUUAACCAAACAUCUUUUUGAUAAAAUGGAAUUUUACUAUUUUGGUCAGGAUGACAUGGACUUCAUUAACAUCUUAUUUAGAAGUAAAUCACAGACCGAGUUAGAUGAUGGAAUAAAGUUAGAUAAUAGGUAUUUAUUAAAACACAUAGUAGUAAUUAACCCUAAUUUAAAAUUUUAUAUAAUAAAAAAUGCUCGCAAUUAUCAAUGUAACGAUGUUAAAAAGAAAGAAGUUUUACUUCCUUUAAGUGAUGUUUGCCCUUAUGAAGAAAUCGGAACCACCGCAUUGAUAGAACCUUUUCCUAUACAACCAACCAUUACCUAAACUUUAAUAAAAUAUUUACCUCUGUGCAAUAAUAUGUUUUGUUUAUUA